AUGUUCUUCAGAACGAAGCCAGCUGCAGCUACCUUGUCCCCCUCCUCCUCCACCGCCUGCGCCACUGCCGAGCCCUCCGGGGUGCAGCUGCAGCAGCAGUUUUCCAAUAUUGAAAGUGGCGACGUCGCCAUCCGGCCCGGCGAAUAUUACCGCUCGGAUGCUGCACUGGCGCUAAGGAACAUGUUGGCACGGCAGCGAAGAAGGUUUAAGCCCAUGGCAACAGUGUCGAUGAUGGCGAUGACGAUGGCGAGGGAGAGGUCCGCCUUUGCACCCGAUCUGCAGCCAUCGCAACACGGCAACGGUCACCAGCUGGCCGCCCCGUCCUGCUUUUCCUUCUCCGCAGCCGCCGCCGCCGCCGCCACUAUGACGGAUCAGGAGAAGCAGCAGCAGCUGCAGCAGCAGUUGGAGCUACAGCAACAGCAACAUGUGCGUUCUGUUGUGGUUAGCUGGAUGGUGGAGGUAGCCGCCGCAUUUCGACUUUCACCUGCCACGCUCUGUCUAGCCGUUGAGCUGUUCGAUUGCUACAUGGAUAAACAGGCGCAGCCUCCUCCCCACAGCAUGAUGCAGCUCCUGGCCCUCACAUGCCUCUCCCUGGCUACUCGACUGGAGGAUCUGGACCACCGCUUUACGUUGCGAGACUGGGCUAGCCUGGCACUGGAUCGUCACCGUGGUGUGUUGCUGUACGAGGUACAGUCGUACAGAUGCUGCCAAGUCAUCCGCAUUUGA